AUGUCAGAAGACUCAGAAAAAGAAGACUAUUCAGACAGAACAAUCAGUGAUGAUGAUGACUUGGAUGAGGAUACACUCAUAAAAAUUUUAGAUGAGGAUAUUCAUCAGUGUGCACUGCUAACAGCUGAUGCCCUUGGCAACCCCUUCUUCCCCAGGACCACGCAGAUUCUCUUGGAGUAUCAGCUGGGCCGAUGGGUGCCGAGGCUUCGAGAGCCACGAGACUUAUACGGCGUCUCUUCUUCUGGCCCACUGAGUCCUACACGAUGGCCCUACCACUGCGAGGUCAUCGAUGAGAAAGUUCAGCAUAUUGAUUGGACUCCCUUUUUUCCUGAGCCAGUGUAUGCCCCCACAGGCCUGGAAAUGGAACCUGCCUAUUCAAACUCCAAGGAGAAUACUGUAGUUUAUCUGGCAGAGGAUGCUUACAAAGAACCCUGUUUUGUAUAUUCCCGAGUUGGGGGUAAUCGAACACCCUUGAAGCAGCCUGCCGAUAACUGUGACAACACCUUGAUGUUUGAAGCACGGUUUGAGAGUGGUAAUCUACAGAAGGUAGUCAAAGUAGCGGAGUAUGAAUACCAGCUGACUGUGCGCCCAGACCUCUUCACCAACAAGCACACCCAGUGGUACUAUUUUCAAGUCACUAACACCCAAGCCGAACCGGUCUACAGAUUCACCAUCGUCAACUUCACCAAGCCGGCCAGCCUGUACAACCGGGGCAUGCGCCCCCUGUUCUAUUCCGAAAAGGAGGCCAAGAGCCACCAGGUGGGCUGGCAGCGAAUCGGAGACCAGAUCAAGUACUACAGGAACAACCUGGGGCAGGAGGGCCGCCACUUCUUCUCCCUCACCUGGACCUUCCAGUUCCCCCACAGCAAGGACACCUGCUACUUCGCCCACUGCUACCCCUACACCUACACCAACCUGCAGGAGUACCUGUCCACCAUCCACAGCGACCCCGUGCGCUCCAAGUUCUGCAAGAUCCGCGUCCUGUGCCACACGCUCGCCAGGAACAUGGUGUAUGUCCUCACCAUCACCAACCCCUGGAAGACCUCGGAUUCCAGGAAGCGAAAGGCCGUGAUCCUGACUGCCAGAGUCCACCCCGGGGAGACCAACAGCUCCUGGAUGAUGAAAGGCUUCCUGGAUUAUCUUCUAGGGGACUCGAGCGACGCGCAGCUCCUGCGCGAUACCUUCGUCUUCAAGGUGAUCCCCAUGCUCAACCCCGAUGGGGUGAUCGUGGGCAACUACCGCUGCUCCUUAUCCGGACGGGACCUGAACCGCAACUACACGUCAGUCCUGAAGGAAUCCUUCCCUUCCGUGUGGUACACGCGCAACAUGAUCCACAGAUUGAUGGAGAAGCGAGAAGUGAUCUUGUACUGUGAUCUGCACGGCCACAGCAGAAAGGAGAACAUCUUCAUGUAUGGCUGCAAUGGUAGUGACCGGUCUAAGACCAAAUCCUUGUACUUACAGCAACGGAUCUUCCCACUGAUGCUGAGCAAGAACUGCCCAGACAAAUUUUCCUUCCCAGCUUGCAAGUUUAAUAUGCAGAAGAGCAAGGAAGGAACGGGAAGGGUGGUGAUGUGGAAGAUGGGAAUCAGGAACAGCUUCACCAUGGAGGCUACCUUUUGUGGAUCUACUCUGGGUAGUAAACGGGGCACUCAUUUCAGCACCCGCGACUUGGAAUCCAUAGGCUACCAUUUUUGUGACUCUCUCUUGGACUUCUGUGAUCCCGACCGGAGCAAGUACUAUCAGUGCCUGAAAGAAUUAGAGGAAAUGGAGAAGCAUAUGAACUUGGAAAAGGCCCUUGACGAUUCAGAUACUUCUCUCAUAGAAAUUUCCUUGGAUCUAGACUCUAGUAGCCGAGGCUCCGACAGUUCCGAUUCCAAUGACUGUCAAACUUACCUUCUCCAGCUAACUUCACAGGUGACAAACAAGAAGAAACAUCUGAAAACCAAAAAGGAAAGGAAUGCCACCAUAGCAAGACGCCACCAAAACGCCACCAAAGAGCCUCCCAAAUCACUGGAGUACGCCACCAUUCCCAGCGUUAAGGCUGUUUCAUGGCUAACUUGUAUUGAGUUUAUGUACAAGUUGCCAAGCUUAUAUACGCGUUUAUAUGACACGUUUGUGGAGACAGAAGAGAGCAGCAAAGACUGGGAGAAGCUGCCUCUGACAAGACAGAUACCAGGUCAGAUGACUAUAUUCUUGAUUUUUUCAGAAGAUCAUUACCUAAUCAAGGUUUGGGUGAGUAAAAGAGGCACACUCUCUGAGUGUGAGCCCUCUAAAAACAUGAUACAGAGUCUUAGCAAAGACCAACAAAGACAUUUGUUGAAAACCUGUAGGACGCCCAUCCAGGAAGCACUUGAGUUCCAUACAACAAACCUUUAUGAAAAUUGUCUCCGCGUGACCUCCCUGAAGUGUCCUGGGAGCCAGAAGCCUUCCAGCUGGAUAGAGAAGACAUGCAAACCAACAGAUGCGCAUCACAACUCAAAAAGCAAAGUAAAAGAAUGCGCAGCUUUCCAAAGCAAAAAGACUGGCAUGAACUGGACAGAUGAUGAAAAAAGAAUCUACAGGGAUAAAAGAAUAGCUCAAACUCAAGAACUAUUGGAGUAUUUGCUCCCUAUCAUGGAAAGCCCUAAACACAUGGGGAAAUCUCAGAUCAGAAAUCUACUCAACCCCAAAACCAACUUCAAGAUCCAGCAUCAGUAA